AUGUCGACAACGGCAGCGGGUGGUGCAGGGGGCCGAGGGGUGCCGGUGCUGCUGCUCAAGACAAAAUCGACGCCGGGGGACAGCUACGAGGACAUCUUCUCGCAGCCCCACGGCGGCGUCAGCUUCGUCCCCUCCUUCGUGCCGGUCCUCGAGCACCAAUUCGAUGACGGCGGCCUGGAAAAGGUCCGCUCUAUCCUGCAGUCGCAGAUGGUGGGGAGGCACUCUGGCGCGGCAUACGGCGGCCUCAUCUUCACGUCCCAAAGAGCCGUGGAGGCCUUCGCCAAGAUCGUCCAGGAUGGCCCAGGCGGGCACGAGGGCCGUGUCUCGGCGACGACUCUGCCGUGGCCCCAUCUCCAAGAGGUCCCCGUGUACAGCGUCGGGCCUGCCACCACGAGGGCGCUCAAGGCUGUGGCCCAGGACCCUCCCCUGCAGGUGUUUGGUGAACACACAGGCAACGGCGACAGCCUCGCCCACUUCAUCCUGGACCACUAUGCGCAGUGGUACGAGGACCGCACAGACGAGAAGCCCGGGCUCCUGUUCAUGGUGGGCGAGCAGAGGAGGGACAUCAUCCCCAAGACGCUCAUGCACGAGGGCCUGCCAGGCGACCGGCGCAUCGACGUUGACGAGGUGGUGGUCUACGGAACCGGGGUCAUGGAGUCGUUCGCCCAUGACUUCCAGAGGCGCCUGCGCGAGACCAAGGAGAGCAGCAUGGCCUGGGUUGUCGUCUUCUCCCCGACGGGCUGCGACGCCAUGCUGCGCGGCCUGGGAAUGAUCGACGAGGCCACAGGCAAGGCGAGGCCCAAAGACCCGACCAGGACGAGGUUUGUUGCCACCAUCGGGCCUACGACGAGGAACUACCUACAGAAGACGUUUGGCCUCGACCCAGACGUCUGCGCUGAGAAGCCGAGCCCAGAGGGCGUCCUCGAGGGGAUCCGGGAUUUCAUGUCGCGAAUGCCAUGA